CUUCAUCCUCUCCCGCCUCCCUGGCUCCCUCGCCAUUUCCUCCCCCCACGGGGCCUCCCGGGCCUUCCCGCCCCCUUCUGCAGUUACCUGUCCCCUCCCCCACUCGGCACGCACCUCCCCUUUCCCCCGCGCCCACCUCCGACCUCCGGACACUGGACUCCCAGUCAGCUCGCACUCCCUUCCCGCGCCGUCCGCCCCCUCAGCUCUUUCUCCUGGGGGCAGGCGGGCGGAAUGGGGGGCGCUGAGCCUCGGAGGCGGCGCGAGCGGAGACCCGGGCGCCCAGACAAUAGUUGAUGUCCGGGGACGGGGGCACCUCCGCCCCCCACUCCUCCAGGAGCGCGGCCCCCGCCGGCAGCUCUCCAGCCUGCAUUCCGGGUCCCCCCCGGAGCCAGGCUCCGGAGUUGGGCUGAUUCCGCCCCCGCCUCCUCCGGGCCCCCCUCCGUUCGGCGCCCGCCCCGGCCUUGCUGCCUGCCGUUCUCCGCAGAGGAGGCGGCGAGGGAGCGCGCGCCGACCGUCUACACGGUUUCUCUUUCUCCCCAGAGAGAGCGCGCGGCGGACGCGCCCCGGACGCGCGGCGGCACUCGGAGGCCGGGCCCAGCGGUUCAAUUUCAAAUUUGAAUCUCCUGUAGUACUGACUGUAACCUAAUUUCCAAGAUUUUUGUAUAAGAGGUAGAUCAAAAGGACUGUACUUUCAGGUUUUGAGAGAAUUGCUCAAGUUGGACCUCAAGGAGGUUGACUGCUAACUGUGAAGUGGAAUAAGGUUAUACAUUAUUAAUGUGGAUGCUGUUGUCUAAAUUUCUGUAGCCAUGGCACAAGAAUAUAAGAAACCAUGGGAUUAUGGCAAUCACAGAGUCCCAGUAAUACAAGUUCCCUUUGGUUUUUUCUGAAAGAAAGCCAUCUAUUAAAGUGAAGCAAAGGAGCUGUUGUGGAUUAUAAUGUUUUGAAGAUCUGGAUUUUUCAGAGGUUUGAAAAUAAGGCAGCAUUUAACCUUUUAAAUGAAAAAGAUUAAGAUCUCAUGCAACUGCUGUAUUUUUUGGAAACCGUUCUCCAAAAGGGAAGUGCACAUUUAAAACUUAGAUAUGAUGGUCCUUUCUGCAGGGAUUUAAGUCUAAUUGCUUUUACAUCAUGACCAGCUUGAAACGGUCACAGACGGAGAGGCCUGUUGCCACUGAAAGGGCCUCGGUUGUUGGCACAGAUGGCCCUCCCAAAGUCCACAGUGACGACUUCUACAUGCGGCGCUUCAGGUCCCAAAAUGGCAGCUUAGGAUCCUCAGUCAUGGCUCCUGUAGGGCCCCCACGAAGUGAAGGGUCUCACCAUAUAACCUCAACCCCCGGAGUCCCAAAGAUGGGGGUUAGGGCAAGGAUUGCAGAUUGGCCCCCAAGAAAGGAAAAUGUUAAAGAAUCUAGCCGUUCAAGCCAGGAAAUAGAAACCUCAAGUUGCCUUGAGAGCCUGUCCUCCAAAAGCAGUCCUGUGAGUCAGGGAAGUUCUGUUAGCCUCAAUUCCAGUGACUCAGCCAUGUUAAAAAGCAUACAGAACACGCUGAAAAACAAGACAAGACCGUCGGAGAACAUGGACUCCAGAUUUCUCAUGCCUGAAGCCUAUCCCAGCUCUCCCAGAAAAGCUCUUCGCAGAAUAAGGCAGCGGAGCAACAGCGAUAUCACCAUAAGUGAACUUGAUGUGGAUAGCUUUGAUGAAUGUAUCUCGCCCACAUACAAGACUGGGCCAUCACUGCACAGGGAAUAUGGUAGCACAUCUUCGAUUGAUAAGCAGGGAACGUCCGGAGAAAGCUUCUUUGAUUUGUUAAAGGGCUACAAAGAUGACAAAUCUGAUCGAGGUCCAACUCCAACCAAGCUCAGUGACUUCCUCAUUGCCGGCGGGGGCAAGGGCUCUGGGUUCUCUUUGGAUGUUAUAGAUGGGCCCAUCUCACAGAGAGAGAACCUCAGGCUCUUUAAGGAAAGGGAAAAACCACUUAAGCGACGUUCCAAGUCUGAAACUGGAGACUCGUCCAUUUUUCGUAAAUUACGCAAUGCCAAAGGUGAAGAACUUGGGAAAUCGUCGGAUCUUGAAGAUAACCGAUCGGAAGACUCUGUCAGGCCCUGGACAUGUCCAAAGUGCUUUGCCCACUACGAUGUCCAGAGUAUAUUAUUUGACUUGAAUGAGGCGAUUCUGAACAGGCACAAUGUUAUUAAGAGGAGAAACACCACCACGGGAGCUUCAGCAGCUGCUGUGGCGUCCUUGGUCUCGGGACCUUUGUCCCACUCGGCCAGUUUUAGCUCCCCAAUGGGCAGCACGGAGGACCUGAAUUCCAAAGGAAGCCUCAGCAUGGACCAGGGAGAUGAUAAAAGCAAUGAACUUGUAAUGAGCUGCCCGUAUUUUCGGAAUGAGAUUGGUGGAGAAGGUGAAAGGAAAAUCAGCCUGUCAAAAUCGAAUUCUGGCUCCUUUAGUGGAUGUGAAAGUGCCUCGUUUGAGUCAACACUCAGCUCCCAUUGCACAAAUGCAGGAGUGGCAGUACUUGAAGUGCCCAAGGAAAACUUGGUGUUGCAUCUAGAUCGAGUGAAAAGGUACAUUGUGGAACAUGUGGAUCUGGGCGCAUACUAUUAUAGGAAAUUCUUCUUUCAGAAGGAACACUGGAACUAUUUUGGGGCUGAUGAAAAUCUUGGUCCAGUGGCUGUGAGCAUUCGAAGGGAAAAACCGGAAGAAACGAAAGAAAAUGGAUCUCCAUACAACUACCGAAUAAUUUUUAGAACGAGUGAGCUCAUGACACUGAGAGGUUCAGUCCUGGAGGAUGCUGUUCCCUCAACGGCAAAGCACUCUACUGCCCGAGGGCUGCCCCUGAAAGAAGUGCUGGAGCAUGUGAUUCCCGAGCUCAAUGUCCAGUGCCUGCGGUUGGCCUUCAACACUCCCAAAGUCACAGAGCAGCUCAUGAAACUGGAUGAACAAGGGCUGAACUAUCAGCAGAAAGUAGGCAUCAUGUACUGCAAAGCUGGACAGAGCACUGAAGAAGAGAUGUACAACAAUGAAUCCGCCGGCCCAGCCUUUGAGGAAUUCCUUCAGCUGUUGGGAGAACGUGUUCGGCUCAAAGGAUUUGAGAAGUAUCGUGCACAGCUUGACACCAAAACAGACUCCACUGGAACCCAUUCGCUGUACACAACAUACAAAGACUAUGAAAUCAUGUUCCAUGUUUCUACCAUGCUGCCAUAUACACCUAACAACAAGCAACAGCUCCUACGGAAGCGGCACAUUGGAAAUGAUAUUGUAACAAUUGUUUUCCAAGAGCCUGGAGCACAGCCAUUCAGCCCGAAAAACAUCCGAUCCCACUUUCAGCACGUUUUCGUCAUAGUCAGGGUUCACAACCCCUGCACCGAUGGUGUCUGUUACAGUGUGGCCGUCACCAGGUCCAGAGAUGUACCUUCCUUUGGACCUCCCAUCCCCAAAGGGGUCACUUUCCCGAAGUCAAAUGUGUUCAGGGACUUCCUUUUGGCCAAAGUGAUUAAUGCAGAAAAUGCCGCUCAUAAAUCGGAAAAGUUCCGGGCCAUGGCAACACGGACCCGCCAGGAGUACCUGAAAGAUCUGGCAGAAAAGAAUGUCACCAACACCCCUAUUGACCCAUCUGGCAAGUUCCCGUUUAUCUCUCUGGCCUCUAAGAAGAAGGAGAAGUCUAAGCCCUACCCAGGAGCUGAGCUCAGUAGCAUGGGGGCCAUUGUGUGGGCCGUCCGUGCCAAAGACUACAACAAGGCUAUGGAAAUAGACUGCCUUCUGGGGGUCUCCAAUGAGUUCAUCGUCCUCAUCGAGCAGGAAACCAAGAGCGUGGUUUUCAACUGUUCCUGCAGAGAUGUGAUCGGGUGGACCUCAACUGACAGCAGCCUCAAAAUCUUCUAUGAGCGGGGAGAGUGUGUUUCGGUGGAGAGUUUCAUUAACAGUGAGGAUACCAAAGAGAUUGUCAAAAGGUUGCAGUUUGUGUCAAAAGGUUGUGAAUCAGUGGAGAUGACUCUGCGAAGGAAUGGGCUAGGACAGCUUGGCUUCCAUGUCAACUACGAGGGCAUUGUGGCGGACGUGGAGCCCUACGGCUAUGCCUGGCAGGCAGGGCUGAGGCAGGGCAGCCGGCUGGUGGAGAUAUGCAAGGUGGCAGUGGCCACUCUGAGCCACGAGCAGAUGAUCGAUCUCCUGAGAACAUCUGUCACGGUGAAGGUGGUCAUUAUCCCCCCACAUGAUGACUGCACUCCCCGCAGGAGCUGCUCUGAAACCUACCGCAUGCCAGUGAUGGAGUACAAAAUGAAUGAAGGAGUUUCGUAUGAAUUCAAGUUUCCCUUCCGAAAUAAUAACAAAUGGCAGAGGAAUGCCAACAAGGGGCCUCAUUCACCUCAAGUCCCGUCCCAGGUGCAGAGUCCCAUGACCUCGAGGCUGAAUGCUGGGAAAGGAGACGGGAAGAUGGCUCCUCCAGAAAGAGCCACCAACAUUCCUCGAAGCAUCUCCAGUGACGGGCGCCCGCUGGAGAGGCGGCUGUCUCCUGGAUCAGACAUCUAUGUGACGGUCUCAUCCAUGGCUUUAGCAAGAUCCCAGCAGUGUCGUAACUCCCCUAGCAACCUGUCUUCAUCCAGCGAGACUGGCUCUGGUGGGGGCACUUACAGGCAAAAAUCCAUGCCCGAAGGGUUUGGAGUAAGCCGCAGAUCCCCAGCCUCCAUUGACAGGCAGAACACCCAGUCAGAUAUUGGUGGUGGCAGCGGAAAAUCCACACCCAACUGGCAAAGAAGUGAAGAUAGCAUUGCCGACCAGAUGGCUUACAGUUAUAGAGGACCUCAGGAUUUCAAUUCUUUUGUCCUCGAUCAGCAUGAAUAUACAGGUAAAAUAUUUCCAAAGUGUCAUGAGCCAACAUGCCAUCUCCCAGCAGUAUCAAAGGUACUGCCAGCUUUCCGAGAGAGCCCCAGUGGGAGAUUAAUGCGGCAGGAUCCAGUGGUUCAUUUGUCUCCAAACAAACAAGGGCAUUCUGAUAGCCACUACUCAAGCCACUCCAGCAGCAAUACCCUCUCCAGCAACGCCUCGAGCGCCCACAGUGACGAGAAGUGGUAUGACGGGGACCGCACAGAAUCCGAGCUCAACAGCUACAACUAUCUGCAAGGUACCUCCGCCGACAGUGGCAUCGACACCACCUCCUAUGGCCCCAGCCACGGCAGCACGGCCUCCCUGGGGGCUGCCACGUCGUCACCUCGCUCGGGGCCAGGCAAGGAGAAAGUGACACCCCUGUGGCACAGUUCCAGUGAAGUGAUCGCCAUGGCAGAUCGGACUUUAGAGACAGACAGCCAUGGCAUGGACCGGAAAGCAGAGUCCUCCCUGAGCCUGGAUGUCCACAGCAAGAGCCAGGCCGGCUCAAAGCCUCUGACCAGGGAGAACAGCACUUUCAGCAUAAAUGACGCUGCUUCCCACUCGAGUACCAUGAGCUCCCGACACUCUGCCAGCCCGGUUGUCUUCACCAGUGCCCGAAGUUCACCCAAAGAAGAGCUUCAUCCUGCCACCUCCUCGCAGCUUGCACCUUCCUUCUCCUCCUCCUCCUCCUCUUCAUCUGGUCCUAGGACUUUCUACCCUCGCCAGGGUGCUACUAGCAAGUACCUGAUUGGGUGGAAAAAACCUGAAGGAACCAUAAACUCCGUGGGAUUCAUGGACACAAGAAAGCGUCAUCAGAGUGAUGGCAAUGAAAUAGCCCACACCAGGCUGCGUGCCUCAACCAGGGACCUCCGGGCAUCCCCCAAGCCAACCUCCAAGUCCACCAUUGAGGAGGAUCUCAAGAAACUCAUCGACCUUGAAAGCCCAACUCCAGAAUCUCAGAAGAAUUUUAAGUUCCAGGCGCUCUCCUCUCCUCAGUCUCCUUUCCCUACCACCCCCACCUCAAGGCGGGCCUUGCACAGAACGCUGUCGGAUGAGAGUAUUUACAGUGGCCAGAGGGAGCACUUUUUCACCUCAAGGGCUUCGCUUCUGGACCAAGCCCUACCCAAUGACGUCCUCUUCAGUAGCACCUACCCUUCUCUCCCCAAGUCUCUUCCAUUGCGGAGGCCUUCUUACACCUUGGGAAUGAAGUCGCUACAUGGAGAGUUCUCUGCCUCGGACAGCUCCCUCACCGACAUCCAGGAGACCCGCAGGCCCAUGCCCGACCCGGGCCUGAUGCCCCUUCCUGACUCUGCCGCCGACUUGGAUUGGUCCAACUUGGUGGAUGCUGCCAAGGCCUAUGAGGUCCAGAGAGCCUCGUUCUUUGCUGCUAGUGAUGAAAACCAUCGCCCUCUGAGUGCUGCAUCGAACAGUGACCAGCUUGAGGACCAGGCCCUGGUCCAGAUGAAGUCUUACGGCAGCAGUAAAGACUCCUCGCCCACUCUGGCUUCUAAAGUGGACCAACUGGAAGGUAUGCUGAAGAUGCUUCGGGAGGAUUUGAAGAAGGAAAAGGAAGACAAAGCCCACCUUCAGGCGGAAGUUCAGCACUUGCGAGAGGACAACCUGAGGCUGCAGGAGGAGUCCCAGAAUGCCUCCGACAAGCUGAAGAAGUUCACGGAAUGGGUCUUCAAUACCAUAGACAUGAGCUAGGGCAGGCGGAGGUGGAGAGGAGAGGGGCCCGCGGGGAAGGCUCUCUCUGUGAGGCUUGCAAGCCCCUUGGUUAUGCCAUUGAAAGCAUCCUCAGAGCGCCCUCCCCAGCUCCCUACGUCGCCCCCUUUCCGGGAGUGCACAACACAACAAUUGCAGAUCAACAAUCAUUAUCUGCCUUUUGUAGAAAAGAAAAACAAAAAAGUAAAUAAAAAUUUUAAAAAGUAAAAUAAAAGUUUAACUGCUAAAAUGUGAAUGUCUUUAUUUUUUUGCACAAUAUCUUUAUCUGUUAUGUAUUUAAAAAGAAACUGGGCCUAGGACCAGGGUCCUCCCUGGCCCGUCUGCCUCUAUUUCCAUCAGCUCUUUUCUUAUCUAUUUCAGGUAACCCAAGCUUUCCCUAGUCAUCCUGACAAACAUCAUUGUUCCUAGGAAAAUAAAGUUUUUAAAAAUUGUUUAUUUAGGGAGUGGGGAGGGGGAUUUCCUCACCUUUGUUCCUAAAAUGCCUGGGGAGAGAGGGGCUCUUACAGAAUGCCUGCCUCCCUGGAAUGACUUGUGCAUGAGCUAGUGCUGUUUGUACCCAUCUUGCAGAGACAGCAGGAUCGGGGUCGUUUAACAAUAGCAAAUCAGUGAACCAGAGAGAGGCAGAGACAGUGCCUCUGGGCCACGCCCCUUUUUAAUCCUGCAUUGUGACAUCACUUCUUCCUUUCCCCAGGGAGAGGUUCCCAGGUGCUGUGUGCUCCUCAGAGCUGGAGUCCUUUUUGUUUGGUUGCCGUGAGUCCCACUAAAUUGAAAUCAGCCUCUCUACCGCUUCCUGGCUCCAAACACUAAUUUGUUACAGAAUUCCUCUGAGCUAGAAUGUUAUUAUUUGUAUGCAUUUUGGCCAAAAGUAUAGUUUUUGAGGUUUUUUUUUUUUUUUUAUGAGGAAGAUUAGCCCUGAGCUAACAUCUGUUACCAAUCCUCCUCUUUUUCCUAAGGAAGAUUGGCCCUGGGCUAACAUCCGUGCCCAUCUUCCUCUGCUUUAUAUGGGACGCCGUCACAGCAUGGCUUGACAAGCAGUGCGUCUGUCCGUGCCCGGGAUCCGACCCUACGAACCCCUGGCCGCCACAGCGGAGCACGGUGAACUUAACUGCUACACCACUGGGCCUGUCCCUUUGAGAAUUUUAAAGAUGAAAAUGUAGCAAAAUUGUGUUUUUAGCUCACUCAAAAUUACUAUAUGAAUGGAUCAAGAAAUCCUCUCCAAAGCAAGACUUCACCAGUAUUGGUAACUAGGAAAAGUGAAUGUUAAAUUGUGAAUUUUCUUACUUGCUUGUGAGGAGCAAUGAUUGUGAUAAUAGAAUGGGCUUUGAAACCUGCAUGUCCCAGUGUGCAAUUCCAGCACGGCAUUGUCUGCAUCUUUUUGUGGCCAUCUGGAGGAUUCUGCUGCAGAAAUGACUGAUGUGCUAUUUUCCUGUCUAGUGAUGCAGCUGCCUUGGGCCCCUGGCCAUCACUCCAAGGGCCUCAGUCCUCCCCAGCACAGAGACACUGGGCCCCUGGUGGCCUUGUUUCUUGCCUUCAUGAUUGCUUCCGUAGCGACUCUGGUCUAAGGGAAGAUUCAGCAAUCUGGUGUCAUCUGCUCAGAAGUUCCUGCCCCAAGUAAUCUCAGCUCAUUCCUCUCUCCAUCCCUGAAAGAAACGGGAUGAAUUUUCCUCUCUUCUCCCCCCAACCCCCACGCCCAGACUUUUAUGCUACAGUUUCAUUCAUGACUGUGGUUUCGCCAUGAUUUUUUUUUUUUUCUGGUGACUUUUCUAUCAUGGGAAUAGGAAGAUUUCGGAGUGCUUUGUAAAGAUCUAAUUGUCUGUCUCUCUCUCUGACUUGUAUGAAGGAGAUUGUACAUUGCCUGAUAUCUCUUUGUAAAUGAGAAAUAUCGCUAACCUCCAAGCAUUCUGAAGUCUUGCUUAUCCUUCUGAGUUUAGUUUUCAUUUUGUUUUACCUUUUGUCUGGGGACUUGGGGCAAGCUAUUUAUUAGAGUUUUGCAACAGAGUUCUUGUUUGAAGCCUUUAAAGACUACUUGUAAAUUUCAAACAAUAAAAUUCAUUUUAAACGCUC